AUGGCGGAUAGCACACGACCAGACCGCGAACACGGUCGAAGAAGAGAUUCACGUUCCAGAUCACCUAGGCGACAUCACUCGCAUUCUCAUCGGAGACGAUCGCCGCAUGGUAAUCAUCAUCGAAGCAAACGACCGACCGAAGCAGCACCAGAACUCCCAUAUAAUUGUAGGCCGAUCACGAAAAAUGAUUACGAGACAUUCGAACCAAUGUUUGCAUCGUAUUUGGAUAUUCAGAAAGGCAUAUUUCUGGAUGAGUUAGGGGAAACAGAAGUCAAAGGGAGAUGGAAGAGUUUCCUUGGAAAAUGGAAUCGUGGAGAACUCUCGGAGGGUUGGUAUGAUCCAUCAACAUUGCGAAAAGCCCAAGAAUCGGCGAGGGAAUACAAGGAAGAAAUAGCUCGAGAGUCAAAUCCGGUCCAGCCAAACGAACCUUCGUCGAGUUUGAGUCAGUGUGAACCAGAACAGAAAGACCAUGAAGUAGAAGGUGAUGGAGAUGAUAGUGAUGAUUCGAUGGGCCCAACAUUGCCAGGGGAGAUUAAUAAAUAUAGAAGGAAUAGGCCAGGGCCCAGUAUACCAAAUAUGGAAGAUUUAGAGCUUAGGAGAGAAAUGGCUCUUGAAGAUGGAUUAGCUCGCCGCGACGACGUAAGGUUCGAGCGAAAAAUUGAUCGCAAACAACAAAAGGAAGCGCUGGAUGAAUUGAUUCCUCGUGCUGAAGCUGGGACACGAGAACGGCAAUUGGAAAAGAAGAAAGAAGUUAACGAAAAGAUGAGAUCAUUUAGAGAGAAAUCUCCUGGUGCGGCAGAAGUUCCGGAUACUGAGUUGAUGGGCGGCGAUGAAGGAAUUGAAGGAUUUAAGAAAAAGAAAGAAGAAUUUCAGCGCAAGAAGAAUGAGAGAGAACUGAGAAAGGAAGAAAUAAUGAGGGCUAGACAAGCCGAAAGAGAUGAGAGGCUACAGGAGAAGAGGAUGAUGCACACUGGACUGAGGGUCAAUCGUUUGCGUUGUUUGAAUGAAGUCAAUCGUAGCUCUGGUCUAUUUCGCCACUCUAUAAGCACAACGACAAACUCCAAGUCCAAGACAAGUUUUGGACCCUGCUCCACCCCCCCUCCUCCCCCUCCAUCAUCAGCGAAACAACAUCCACUUCGAGGUAGGAAAUUCGCCUUGAUAGGAAGUAGUAUCGCUGCUUUGAUAUUUGCUGGCUACUCUUCCUAUUUAUUUGUUCUACUCAAUAAAGAACCUACCGAAUCUUCUUCCUCCAAAGUUCAAGCUGAUGUCUCAUCCCGCUAUGACACCAUUGCGUCUACAUUUGAUUCGGAAGUUGACUGGACGGAAUGGAGUAUGGGAAUCACGAAGAUGCGCAAAAAAUUAGCGCAAGAAGCACGUGGAGAUGUACUCGAAGUAUCUAUUGGUACAGGCAGGAAUUUAGAGUAUUAUGACUGGGAUUUCAAAGGAUUUAAUGGUGUUGGGAAACUUCAAAAAGUGGGGGGUAUUAAGAAGGGGAAAGUUAAGAGUUUUACGGCUGUUGAUAAAAGUGGUGAGAUGUUGGAAGUUGCCCAUGAAAAGUUCUCGACAAUGUUUCCAGGAGUCUUGGGUGUGAGAUGGAUAAUUCAAGAUGCUUCCGAGAAAAUACCAGGCCCCCCUCGAAAUGCAAACGAAACAAGCGGGAAUAAAACCGCAAAAUAUGAUACAGUAAUUCAAACCAUGGGGUUAUGUUCCGCUGCUGAUCCGGUAGGACUAUUGAAGAAUCUGGGGGAGUGUGUGAAAGAAGAUGAAGGGCGCAUACUAUUGUUGGAGCAUGGAAGAGCAAAAUGGGAUUGGUUAAACAGAGCGUUGGACAAUAGUGCAGAAGGGCAUGCAAAGCUUUUCGGAUGUUGGUGGAAUAGAGAUUUGGGAAAGAUUGUCGAAGAGAGUGGGCUUGAAGUUGUGAAUAUUAAAAGACGACAUGGCGGAACGACCUGGAGGAUUGAGUUGAAAAAGCCCAGAGCCACACCAAAAGACAGUGGCGUGAAAGUUGCGACAGAAGAAAAGACACAGGAGGCAACCAAAAAGGGAUGGUGGUAA